CCCAGUUGGCGGGGCGUGGCGUGCGCGCUGACUGGCCGUCCACUUUCUGACCGCAGCACUCUUGCAUGACCACUCAAAGUGACAGUAGCGAUGGCUGGGAACCCGAGACAGCUGCGCUUGGUGAGACCCCGUCUCCACACUCGGUUUGCCAUGAAAAACUAGGCUUUCUACGAGAGUUUGACCCCGGGUCUAUGUGUGAAGAACUUUUGUGAGUGAAUAAGUUGGCCGGCCACUUUCAAAAGAGUUUGGUAAGCUGGCAGUGCUGCCAGGAUUUGGGAACAGGGGGAGCGGGGAGGGCUCCUGCUACCUUUGGGAGGUCUGUAUGCUUUCAACGCACUCAAACUGUGGCACCAGUGGCCGCUGGAUAUUGCUUUCUUUAGAUAAGUUUGCCUACUUCAGUCAAGGGUCAUAGACUUGAUAUAGAAUCUUAGUCGAUGGAUUUGCCGCCCUCAAUACAACAUAAUUUUAACUGUACUUUCUCUCUAGGCUAGAAAUCGUGAAGCAUGGGUGACUGGAGCUUUCUUGGACGGCUCUUGGAGAAUGCACAGGAACACUCGACCGUGAUCGGCAAAGUCUGGCUGACAGUACUCUUCAUUUUUAGGAUUCUGGUGUUGGGAGCGGCAGCUGAGGAGGUCUGGGGCGAUGAGCAGUCGGACUUCACUUGCAACACACAGCAACCCGGUUGCGAGAAUGUCUGCUACGACGAAGCCUUCCCCAUCUCCCACAUCCGCUUCUGGGUGCUCCAAAUCAUCUUUGUGUCCACACCGACGCUCAUCUACCUGGGCCAUGUCCUGCACAUCGUUCGUAUGGAAGAGAAGCGGAAAGAGCGCGAGGAGGAGCUGCGAAAGGCCAGUCGGCUCCAGGAUGAGAAAGAACUCCUGUAUAGAAACGGAGGGGGAGGGGAGUCUGGUGGACGUGGUGGGGGUGGCGGUGGCAAAAAGGAGAAGCCGCCAAUCAGAGACGAGCAUGGCAAAAUCCGCAUUAGAGGUGCCUUGUUGCGCACCUACGUGUUCAACAUCAUUUUCAAGACCCUGUUUGAAGUGGGGUUCAUUUUAGGUCAGUAUUUCCUCUAUGGUUUCCAGUUGCGGCCUCUGUAUAAGUGUGCGCGGUGGCCCUGCCCCAAUAUAGUGGACUGCUUCAUUUCCCGGCCCACGGAAAAGACCAUCUUCAUCAUAUUUAUGCUUGUGGUGGCUUGCGUGUCCCUUUUGCUAAAUUUGUUCGAAAUCUAUCACCUCGGAUGGAAGAAGGUCAAACAGGGCAUGACCAACGAGUUUGCCCCCGACCGUGAGUCGCUGCCCAACGCAGAUGAAGCGGAGCCUGUAUCUCCUAGAACUGUGCCUGCCACCCUCAGCUAUCCGCCAGACUACACAGAGGUGGCCGUGGGUGGCGGAGCGUUCCUCCAGCCGGUGUCAGUGCCCUCUACGGCUGAGUUCAAGAUGGACCCUAUGCGUGAGGAGUCCUCGCAGUUCUACAUCAGCAACAACAACCACAGGCUGGCUGCCGAGCAGAACUGGGCCAACCUGGCCACCGAGCAGCAGACUCGGGAGAUGAACGCCACCUCCCCUUCCUCCUCCGAUAACGGACGGCAAGCCAAAGACACCGCUCCGCACGCCAGCACCCCCAAAUGCCCUGGCGUUGGUUUGAGCGCUGGGCCGGAGGAGGGGCACGUCACCACCACGGUGGAGAUGCACGAGCCGCCCGUUAUUUUCACUGAUGCUCGACGACUGAGCAGGGCUAGUAAAGCCAGCAGCGCGAGAGCAAGGCCCAAUGAUUUGGCGGUGUAGUGGCUCUCCACUGCAAAGCAUAGGUUUUUGUCAACAAAAAAUAAGACACCAAAAAACAAGAGGAAGUGAGAGGCAUAUUGUUGGAAUGAAAAGAUUCAUUCCAUUCAUUAUUAAUUCCAUUUUCCAAGUCAUUUUUAUGGGCUUCUGAAUGCUGGUUAGUGUUAUGCAGUAGUUGAAUGAAGCAGCACACCUGAUGCAGGCUGUUACACCAGAAUCUCAAUGAUUCACUGAAAAAAAUGUCACUUAAAUUAGUCUUAUGAAUUUCCAUUCAGUCAGUUCGAUUUAUUAAGUAUAUUGAUAUAGAAACCAAAUAUAAAAUGUUUGCAGUACAAUAAUACAGAUUACAAAUAAUCAACAACAACAAAAACAUUUAAAAUACAACAUAAAUACACUCUGUGGUUUAAUUGAGUAGAUAAUGAAAUACUCUCAUGUAUUAUUUUUCAUUUAUUUUUGAAGAGUUGAAUAGCAUUUGAGAGAAAUGGAGGGGAAAAAGUAGUUGAAAUAAAUAAGGAAAGUAGUUGUCAAAUUCAUGAACACCCCUCUUUUUAUUGUUCCAGCAUCUGUCUUUACAUUUCCUCACGCUAAAGAAAAAUCAGAAGGUUGAGGAAGAAAAAAGAAAAAAGCACAUUGCCUGAUAAAAGUUGCAAACUUUAAUGCAUCACAGAGAAAAGGUCAUCCAUACACUGAAAAAUGAAAAUAUUACUGAGGCAAGUUGAAUAUUUAGAUAACUGUUGUACUACUGAAUGGUGCAGAGUUUUAAUUCUCAUUUAGCUUGUGUAUUCUCUGGACUAAGUUUAUUUUUUAUUUUUUCAAUUCCUUGAUCUGAAGUUCACAUCCUCCUACUCUGCUGGAUUUGAGAGUUUUGAUAUAUGACCAUGUCCAGUCUUCCCAUCAGAUACAUGAUCACUUUUGAAGUAGUUAAUCGGAUGAGGGGAGUACGAACAUUUGAAUUCCUCAUUGGUUUUUAAUUCAGUUAGUGGCUUUAAGUCAGUUAGUGGUUGCCAAAAAGUUCAAAAUGGACAUAAAAAUAUCCUGCAAGUGUCUUAUGCUGAAAUGAGUUUACUCCCACCCCCCACUCUCAAGGCCCUCAUUCGUUUUCACUGAAUACUACUGCUGUUGUAUAGAACAUGCCUUCUGUAAGCAUAAUAACUCACACCAACAUGACAGCAUAGCAUGAUUUUUUAUUUAUUUUAGAAACCUUUACAAAUCCGUUUCUAGAGACCCAUUUAAACACAGCGUAUGUUGCUUUUAUUAUCAGGUAUACAUUUCAGCAAUCCAUUUAAGGAGAUAUAAAAAAUUAUACAUUUCUUCAUCACAUUGCUUAGAACAGUAUUAAAAUUGCUUUUAUCAGAUCACAGCAUUUACAGAUGUAUGUUAUUUAUUUUCUGCUGUUUUAAUGUAUCCAUAAAUGAAAGUGUGUUAUUUUGUCAUAUUUUGGUUCUUAAAGUUUACAUUUUAGUAAAUAGUAGAAGAUUUGCACAUUUAGGCAAAAGACACUGUUCAAUACUUAUUACACUGAUAGAAAGGAAGAAAUAUUUUUGAUCCUUAAAGGAAAAUGUCUUAAUGGUAAAAGUUGUUGCGUUGAUGGCAGUAUUAUUCCACUUAAAUAACAUCAAAUGUAAUUUAUAAAACAGCACUUGUAGAGUAUAAGAAAUAUACACGUUUACACCCAUGUUUUAUUUUAGGACUGUUGUAGUGGCCUGAAAGGACAGCAGAAAAUUUGAACAUUGUGCAUUAUAGCAUUUAAUCAAUUAUGAAUUUGAAAAGGCCAGCCAGCCAGCUCUUUCCUAUCUCGAGCCGUUUGUAGUGUACUUAGUUGCAGCCCAUUAUUCUCAGAUAACACUCAUUUCUUGAACUUCUUGAACUGAUUUUCUCUAGCAGAGCUGAUUAUUCUGACCAAUCAGGGAAAUGAACCACCUACAUAUGCUCAGAACAGCAGCCUGUUUCAAUGCUGUCUUAAGAGAAGUGCCUUGUGUAUUCAAUUUUAUAAGAACAAGUUGAUGUAAAUGUUCAUUUACCUCAAAUGUUUACAAAGCUGUUACUAAAUAAACUUUUUGUACCAUAAAUGUAGACUACUCUGUCUUUUUCAUUUGUAAACAGCAGGCAUCAAAACUCACAUUUAAUUUUUUUGAUGUUAAAGGCUUUCAAGUGCUUGCCUGUUCACUAAAAAGGCUCUGUAAAAAGGCUAUUAAAAAGACUGAAAAAAAAGAUUAAGUAAUUUUAAUGACUUUUAAGUGACUUUAGUUUAAAAGUUAAUGAUGCUAACCUUUGUCAAGGCAUUCAUGCAAUUUUAUGUGAUCCAUGCCAAAACCAUAAUGAGAAACAAAUCUGCAAGAAGCCUGAGCACAUCUCAAACAAGAACGUGCACUCGUUGACCUCUAACCUUUAUGCUUAUCAGUCCUCCAUUCCAGAUUCCUAUAGAGGGGAAGUGAGAAUGAGACUGAAUGAUGAAGGACCCUAAAAUGACACAUCAACCCUCCCUUAGGGAGCAGCAAUAUCAAGCAGGCCAGAGGAUGUGGUGUCAUGUACGUACAAUUUAUGAAAUGGACAAUUUGAUGCUGUGACCCUAAUUGAUAUCCUGAUUCUGUUUGUGUCAGACAAAAAAUGCUUUGUUUUGUUGGCAAGCUAUUUAAAAUCUGAAAGUAAAAUUACAAAUGUUGCCCCUUUAAGUAGCUUAAAUGCAUUUAGCUGUCUGCUAGUAGCUACAGAGGUAAUACCUGGAGAGAAUUAUCUGGUAGCAUUUUCAUUUAUCUCAGUGUUUGGAAAAUACACACCCAGAAGUACACCUUCUUCAUCAAGCAUCAGUUCUGGAUAAAACAUAUUUAGUUUGUGGCUGGUAAUGGGAUCAAAACAGAUCUGUGUAGUCUGUGGUUAUUUCACAUUUAAUGUUAAAUAUUAAUGAUAUCUCAAAAAGAUGGUUUAUUCUACUGGAACAGAGGCACCUUUUCUGCAAAAACCUAAGACUGUGGAAAAUCUAUUAGGAAUAAGGAAAAUCAACUUUAUCUUUUUUAUAUAUAUGUGGCUAGUAAAAUUUGACAGUAAAUAAUAUUAAAUUAAAAAAUAUAAACAUCAAAUUAAAUAUAUAAGAAAAUCUUUCACAUUCUCAGCCAUAAACCAGCACUGGGAGAAAAGUUAAAUGGAUUAAUUUCAUGCGAGGCUACAGUGAAAGCAUGAGAGAUGUUGAGAGGAGUUAGAUCUAAACACUAUCAGCUUAAAAACAUCAGAUCUGACAGUGGAGUUCAAGUUCAGAGAACUUCUAUUCACACCGUACUGGUCCAUUUGAACAGUCCCUUAUUGCAUUUAGUCAGCACAUGCUGUGUGUUGUGGGAAUGGACUCUGUCACACACACACACACACACACACA